AUGCCAGAACCAGAGACCCAGAUACCUCGCUCAAGCUCCGCAUUUUCCCUCACCUCCCAAACUACCCAUUACUCAGACUUCUGUGAUGAUUCGAUGAUUGCUGCAGUUGUUGGACCAGGAGAUGCACAUGUAGGAGAGGAUACAGGUGAACUUGAAGAAUUAAUGGGAGAAGAUGUCCCUGCAGUCCUGUCAUCUGGAAAGAAGCACAGUGCUUCAAAUAUGGAUGACACACCAAGACCUCGGAAAAUGCUGAAGAUAGUAUCCAGCACAAGUUCGUCCAGCACUAACUCUGCUUCCUCCUCCUUGACUUUAUUCUCAUCGCUUGCAUGCCCUCAAAUACAUGUCCAAGUUCCCCAAAUCCACAGCCCAGAUGACCCAUGUUGCCCUGUCAUCAUUGCACACUCAAAUUAUCUCCAACCUUAUGUUGAACGCUUGGCGACAGGUGUACAAUGGCAGAUUGCCACUGCCGUAUCUCGUGACCUUGAUUAUGAUUGGUUAACAAUCCAGAUAUUGGAAGACUUACGGUCCUUGAAGACAAAUACCAGGGCUGCACCGGAAGCAGCAAAGUUGUUUCGGCAAUCACCCAUGAAGGCUGAUGAUGACCGGUUCGAAUAUGCAUUUUCGCAAGAAAAUGCUACCAAGCUUCCAUGGGAAGAACUGGACAAGGAAGAAGAGAUUUGGAAGAAGGACCAUUUUGGUGGUAUUGGCUGCAAUCAGGUCCACCCCGACCUUGCCAAGACAGAGCCAGAUUGGUAUGGUGGCAAGAUCCAUUUCACCGGUGCACUAAGAAUAGUAAGAAAUGCGCUGCGGAUUGUCCUCGAGGACGCUCACCUAGGGUCCUCGAGCCGGUUUAUGCGCCGAUUCGGCUCAUGGGCUUUCGUGCGCGUUCAUAUACAUAAGGACAUCUACUUCAAAAGGAACAAACUUUGCGAGGGAGAUGCCCUGUUCCAGUACUUUGCCCGCCCCUUCAUCAUCAAUGGUUCGGUCUUCCGUGCAUUUUUUGCAAAGGACCAAUGUGUCUUUCUGUUCCAGACUAAUGAGGCAUGGGAUGGAACUCGAGUUUUUGUACCAUCACCUCGCAGCAGGGUACAGACUGCUAAGGCAUCAACUGGAAUGUCAUUGUUGACCUUUCUUAACUGGCACAACCAAAUGGAGGUUAACAAGAAGCAGACAAUGGUGAAAUGGGCUGCCCGUUUUGCCCUAGGUCUGUCUAACUCCAUGCCUGGUAUAAGACUUGAACCCCACCAAGUGAAAUAUGAGCCAGAAAUCAUCUGUGAUGCCUUUGAGGGUCCAUGUAAAGUGCCCAGUGAGAUGGAAAUGACUGAUGGCUGUGGUUUUAUUAGCCGCAGGGUGCUGCGUGACCUGCAGAGUUGUCUUCAAUGGCAGGAUGAACCCACUGCCAUUCAAUGUCGUGUUGCUGGUGCAAAGGGCAUGUUGCUGCUACACCCUGACUAUCAACAUGUCCACGGCACUGAAGAGGUCGGAGUGUGGCUACGACCAUCUCAGAUCAAGAUCAAGCACCUUGAAGGUCCUCUGGAUGUCCAGUAUCUUCCUGCUGAUGCCGAUAAAUCACUGUUGACAAUUGAUGUGCUGCGGUCCAGCCGACUCUCCACACCAGCACACUUGUCCACAGAGACCAUCAUCAACUUUGCCGAGAACAAUGUGCCGAGCAAGGUUUUUGUCACACUGAUGCAUGACAACAUGGCAGAGAAGGUUCUCGGCCUGAUGACAUGGACAGGUGACAAUGCAAUGUACAAGUUAUGGGUGAAUGUGUGUCGUGGUGGCAGUGUUAUUGCUCAGCGACUUGCCCGCAUGGCUGCGGGUACUGCACGUGCUAGGGGCUAUGUCUUCGAAGACCGUGAGCAGGAGGAUGAUGAGGAUGGGAUCAAUGGACUUGAUGGGAUGGGCAUCCACUCGACUGCAUGGUGGGCAGACCAGAUUAGCGGGUGCCCCUCUACCCUUGAAGAGACGGUGAUGGUCCUUCUUGACUCUGGCUUCACCCCACAGAACUCAGCUGUCCUGCGUGCAAAACUGCGUGUGGUAGUCGAGAAUACCAUCAAGAGCUUUGGCUCGCGCUAUCGGAUUGAAGUCCCAAUGUCUUGCACCGCAUUCAUUGUCCCUGAUCCUUGUGGUGUCUUGGGACCGAAUGAAGUUCACGUGAAAAGCUCCCAUCGUAACCUGGUUGAUCAGCAGGGCAACAUGACUGAUCUCAUCCUUGGAGAUGUCUUGGUGACCCGCCAUCCUUGCAAAGUCCGGACUGAUGCACAGAAAGUGAAAGCUGUCUUUCAUGAGAAACUGCGUGGCUAUGUAGAUGUCAUUGUUGUCAAUACCAAAAGCCAUUUCUAUGGGGACACAGACCUGAAACGUCAUCUUGCAAGCAUGACUGGAGGAGGUGAUUAUGAUGGUGACACCAUGGAGGUGUACUGGCAGCCAGAAAUUGUCAACCAAUUUGUCAAUGCAGAUCCAGCAAGGUAUGCUCGAGAACCACCAGCAGUGCAGGGAUGCCUCGACAAGGACGACACAACAGUUGCACAGUUCCUUACACAGACUGCUAAUGCAACCGAGACGGACCUCAUCAUCAAAUUGCAAUCUUACCUUCUUGGCCCAUUACGUGGGGAUACAGCCGCUGUAGGUAACUACUCUACGAUGUGGGAGAAUGCAUCGUACAAGUACGGCUAUGGUCAUGAAAUCACGGUCUUUCUGGCAUACAUGUUCUGUGCUGUGUUGGAUGGCAUCAAGACUGGUGUUUCAGUCAAGCCCGAAAAAUACUCCAGUCAUCUCAAGCAGUACAAGGGCUACUUGCCAGAGUGGAAGGAAACUCCAGAAGACCGUCAGCGCAAUGAGCGCAAUGGCUCAAACAUACUCCAUCUGCGGCGCAAUGAGCACCUUCCGAGAUUCAUCAUGGACGAGCUCUGCAGGCGAUUCAAGGAGGAAAGUCAGAAGAAGCUGAAGGAGAUCCAAGGGCAAUUCGAGCAGGUUGGGGGUACAUUGACCCUAGACAAGGACCUGGCCACUCCUUGGAAUGACGCAGUUGCUCGAGCGAGAUGGCAGCGGGAACAAAGGAACUCGCCAUGGUUUGAAGAAGAGCUCGAGGAGAUCAAGCGACACGUCGAGGAAACUCGUGAGUCAUGGAAGGCUCGAGUGCUUGUCAACAAGUCUAGCAGCAAUUUUACCGAUAUGGCCAUCGAAGACAGACAGGAUAUACUACGGCGGCUGUCCAAGGAGUUUGCCAGCAAACCUGACCCCCAACAAUUGGAAUCCAUGUCAGAGCAGGAAAUGACAAGAGUCCGUGCAUCUUAUGCCUAUGUCCACGACUUUCAUGCUGCCGGGAAGGUCAAGUGGAGCCGCUUUCCUUGGGACGUCGCAAUGCGCGAACUCUGCGAGAUCAAGGCAAAGGCCACAGGCCACACAAAGACAACGGUUGAAGGCUUUUACAUGCGCUUUACUAUGGGUAGAGCAUUCCUUAACGACUUAUAA